AUGCCUCAAUACCACACCGCGACCGGAACGGUCUCGUAUCCAGAUGCGAAGUCGAGCUUUCCCAAAUUUCCGCAGGUCGGAUUCGGUCGCGCGGUCGCUAUCGGUAUCGGAGCCGGCUUUGUAGGAGCCUUAGUCAUGUCAGGAUCGAACAAAGUCGAACAGUUCUUCACAGGCCGUCCAGACUCCUACGUACCCGCGCGAACGAUGGGUAACCACAUGGGUGUCUCACCAGAAUUUUACCAGCGCCACACCUUCCUGUUGAAUCAUGCUCAUCACUUCGGUAUGGGCAUGCUUGCUGGGCCUUUCAGAGCGGUCAUGUCGUACUACGGCGUCAUCGGGCCGGUAGCUGUCUUCAUGCAUACCGGUAUUCGCAUCAUGCUGGAUCAGUUGGUGGAGACCACAGCGAAUGUUUCCAUGGUUCCGUGGACGUGGCCGAUCAACGAGCAGGUCAUUGACAUUUUGCAUAAGGGGACAUAUGCGUUUGUCACUGGCUACAUAUGUGAUAAAAUGGUUAGGGGUGUUGACUGGUUUAACAGCUAA